AUGUAUCCACCUUCUUCGGACCCUUACGCUGGACAGUAUCCUCGUCCGCCUCCUCCGCCUCCUCAAGACGAUCAUCCAGGGCAAUACGCUUCGGCCCCGCCGCAACCAUCUUAUUACCCUUCUCAUCCAUCACAAGAUAUCCAUGAGUCCCCGUAUACCCCGCCCUAUCCUGCGUAUCCUCCCGAAAAUUAUACCUCGCCUCCCAUCCAUGCACCGCCGAGCAAUGAAUUUUAUGCUGUUCCGAUAUCCGCUCAACACGAAGAACAACGACCUUUGUCAGUCCAACAGCAUGGAUACUAUGAUCCGCAUGCUGUCCCAUUGAACGAUUACGUACGAGACCACGAGGAGCCGGUGCACCGUCCAGCACCGUACACCGAUCCGAACUCCUAUGACCGUCAGCGACCCACAGUAGCGACCGAUGACUAUUUAGAUGAACACGAUAUGGCCUCCUAUUCACCGGAAGCGCCCAUGGUGCAACAUGCUCCUGCACCUGAACCUGAGAACUCCAAAUCCAGGAAAAAUAAGAAAAAGAAGAAUAAUGAUCCGACAUACUAUGGACCUGUGGUUGUAGCGCCUGCGCCCGAGAAAGAAGCGGAAUCAUAUGCGCCACGACCAUAUCAAACACCCAGAGAAAGGGGCUGUAACUGCUGCUGUUACAACCCGGCCAUGACCUGUUGUUCCUGUUUUUGUAUGAUCAUUGGUAUUGCCUUUUUAGCGGCAGGAAUUGCGUUAAUGGUCGCUUCCAAGGUGAUUAGCGAUAAAUGUUCGAAUCAGUGUGAUCAGCUACCAGAACAAUUGCGUGACGCUAGUGCUAGUGCUUGUGGCACCAUCUGUGGCAAGGUGGUUCACGAUGCUUUUCUUUACGGAGGCGCGGCGGUCACGGCCAUAGCAGGCAUCACCAUUAUAUGGCGUUUAUUUAUGUGGACCUGUGCAGGCUGUUCCCGACGAUAA